CUACAAAAUGAAAAAAAUUACAUUGUGACUACAGACUUUCCAAACAUUGUAAAUAUAGACAGAUAAAAACAUUCCACUGUUGAUUUAUUUGACGGAGUUCAUUUUUAUAAAAAUAUAAUACUCGUUGAAUAAUUAAAAAUAUUUGAUAAAAGCUAAAGUAAAAUUCAUAUUAUCAGGUAACAGCAGAACGUUCUGCAUUUUUACAUUAAAUUACUCGUAAAGUAAUAAUUGUUAUAAAUUAUGGCAUCACUUCCAUCAACAUUGUCAAAACUCUAUGGGUACAUUGAUCAACAUAAAAAAGAAUAUAUCGAUGAUCUUCGAGAAGCAGUAGCGAUUAAAUCGGUAUCAGCAUGGCCAGACAUGCGAGAUGAAAUUGUAAAAAUGAUGAAGUGGAUGGAAACUAAAUUAAAAGCUCUUGGAGCAACUACAGAACUUGCUGAUGUAGGAAAAGAAAAAUUAGCUGAUGGUAGAGAAAUUCCUUUACCACCAAUUUUAUUUGGAACUCUUGGAAGUGAUCCUAAAAAAAAGACAGUUCUCAUUUACGGGCAUUUAGAUGUUCAACCUGCCCUGAAAGAGGAUGGUUGGGAUACUGAGCCAUUCACUUUGGUAGAAAAAGAUAACAAAUUAUUUGGACGUGGUAGUACUGAUGAUAAAGGCCCAGUGCUAUGCUGGCUCCAUGCUUUUCAAGCAUACCGAGCUAUUGGAGAAGAUAUUCCAGUGAAUAUCAAGUUUGUUUUUGAAGGAAUGGAAGAAAGUGGAAGUGAAGGUUUAGAUGAAUUUCUUUGGGCCCAUAAAGAUACUUUUUUGAAAGACGUCGAUUAUGUUUGCAUUUCAGAUAAUUAUUGGCUUGGAACUACAAAACCUUGUAUCACAUAUGGUUUAAGAGGAGUAUGUUAUUUUGGUAUUGAAGUUAGCUGUGCCAAAGCCGAUCUCCACAGUGGGACUUUUGGUGGAACAGUUCAUGAAGCUAUGGCUGAUUUAAUAUACUUACUUAAUACACUUGUGGAUGUCAAUGGUCGCAUUCUUGUAGAUGGAAUUUAUGAUAAUGUUACUAAAGUUACUGAUGCUGAGUUAGCAAGUUAUCGAGACAUUGAAUUCGAUGUUCAGGAGUUUAAGAAAACUGUAGGAACUAGCAAAUUAGCUCAUAAUGAAGAUAAAAUCCAAUUAUUGAUGCACCGCUGGCGUUAUCCAACCUUAUCCAUCCAUGGUAUUGAAGGCGCUUUUAGUGAUCCUGGAGCGAAGACAGUAAUCCCAAGAAAAGUAAUAGGCAAAUUUUCUCUGAGAAUUGUUCCUAAUAUGGAACCCGAUGAGGUUGUUAAAAAAAUCACAGCACAUGUUGAAAAACAAUGGGCUAGCAGACAAAGUCCUAAUGAUAUGAAAGUAUACAUGCUUCAUGGAGGAAAAGCUUGGACAGAAAAUCCUGAUCAUCCACAUUAUGCUGCUGCAAGAACAGCAACAAAACAUGUUUAUGGAGUUGAUCCUGAUCUUUCCAGAGAAGGCGGUUCGAUUCCCGUGACUUUGACCUUCCAAGAAGUUACAGGAAAAAAUGUUUUACUUCUCCCCGUUGGUUGUGGAGAUGAUGGAGCGCAUUCUCAAAAUGAAAAGCUCAAUAUUCGUAAUUACAUUGAAGGGACCAAGUUGCUUGGAUCUUAUGUAUAUGAAGUUUCACGUAUGUAAUACUAUGAUUUAUAAAUUUUAUCAAGUGUAAGAAUGAAAAAUAUAAAAAAUGAAUAGUAAAACCAA